GCUAUUGGUUCCUUGAUGCAAAACCGCAUCCCGUUAUUUGCGGAAUCCGUGCCCUGUGUUGUUUCCACGGGUUUGAUCUCAUGCGAAACUACGGUUGUCGUAUAUGUACUCGACAACCAAGCGAAACAAGCGCGCAGUGAACAAUCGGCUGCACACGUGCGGGUGCACGUGCGGACGCGGGCCGUAUUCAGAACAGCUGAACUACGGCCGGUAAGAAGGAACAACGAGGCCUCGCAAAAUUGUCUUCGCGAAACUGACCAAAGACUUCACUGGUCCAGACAAGGACCUUCCAAGCAGAGGAUACUCAGCCUCGUGGUCCUACCCGUGUUCGUCAUGGUGCAACGCCAUCGCGCGGGUUCUUCGCCGAACCCCCCGCCCGAACUGAGGCGGGCAGCUCCACAGAGCGAGAGACCGGAGCAGUCAACGUCGAAAACUGGUCCAUCGACGACUGUCUUGAUCGGCCUUGUGGUUGUCGUGGGCCUCGUCGUCUUAGUCAUCUUCGCCUAUCGAUAUGCCUUCCAAAAGGCGGACCCGACUGCGCCACUUCUUCAGCCGCUCCAGAAGGGCAUCGGGAAUGCUGCAAAAGGAAUCGGUCUCGAAACCCCGAAGAUAACGGUUAGAAGAGCUGACUCCUCCACCGCGCAAAUGGAAAACUUGAAGACCAGCACACAAUUUAAAUCGAUAACGCAGGUAACGACGCAGGGUUCGAAAAGCUUCAGAAUCUUGAAUGAUGGAACAACCACGGUAGUACCAACGAAGGGUGCAUGGAAGCCAAUCCAGUCAGUCAAUGCCACGGGUGACACAGACGAUGAUCAAAAGAUCAUGCACAACGAAUUCGCAGGCUUCCUGGCUCGUCUUCCGCACGGUUGCACGAAACCCGACGUGCCGUGUGGAGAUAGAAGGACUUGCAUUAAUCCUAUCCGUGUUUGCGACGGCCACCCGGACUGUCCGAACCAAAGCGACGAACAGAGCUGCGUUAAACUUCAUUGCCGCAAAGGACUUUUCAAAUGCUCCAUCAACCAAGUAGAAAGAUGUAUUCGGAGCACUGCUAUUUGUGACGGCGUCGGAGACUGCGAUGACCAUAGCGACGAAUUGCACUGCAAUGGCAGUGCCAACAAUACACCCGAUUUCUUCGAGGACAUGCCGUUGAAUUUGGGUGGAAACGACGGUCACCGAAGACCCCAGACUUCAAAGCAGCCGCACCCUGGUGCGGAACACGUUGGACCGCCUCAGAGGAGACCUCAUACCCCGAAGCCGUCACCAGCAGCGAGGAUAUUCACCCGCACUCCUGUCUUCGGACGUGCUUCAUCUCCAGGUUUACCGCCGGAGGGCGCCGUAAGAAGCCGCAGGUUCGAGGCACUCGAUGAGGAGUGCACGAAGUCUGAAUUUGCCUGCAAGACGACCAGGACGUGCGUUCCAUCCCAGUGGAGGUGCGACGGAACGGCAGACUGUGAAGACGGAUCCGACGAAGUCAAUUGCACAAAGCGGGUAUGUCUCGAACCCUUCGUCAGCUGCAGCGACCAGAGCAGCUGCGUCUUGAAGAAAAAGCUCUGUGACGGAAAAUUCGACUGUUCCGAUAAAUCCGACGAAGGCAGCUGCGCUCGGUGCGUGACUCCCCUCGUCAAAUGCGCUACUGUCAACCGAUGCAUCGACAAGUCAUCUGUGUGUAACGGAAUAGCUGAGUGCGAAGACCGUUCGGACGAAGACAACUGCAAGUCGAGGAAAUCUCUUCUGAACGGAGACAAAGAAGGGGAGAAGGAAGAAUGUCGGAGUCGUGAGUUCGCCUGCAAAUCAACCCACGAGUGUAUCCCGAUGCGUUGGCUCUGUGAUGGCAGUGAAGACUGCGAAGACGGAUCGGACGAAGAAAUGUGCCCCAGAUCCAAUCAACGCCUCGCUAACCUGCGACAUAAAGACGGACGGCCACGGAAAAGGCGCUUCUUCAUCGCUGACGAAGAGGGCAAAAGCGUUCCACUAGGAAAGAACCAACCGGCACUUCUCCACAAUGCUCCGAUGCAUAUGCCUCCCGGCGCUGGAAAAAAUUCCGGGAACAAAGCAAAGCCCUCGACUGACGAAGAUGAAUAUGAAGACGAGGACCGAGAGUUCCAUGAAGACGAAUCGGAUGAUGGGGCUCAACAGGGUCCAAAGAAAGGUCGUCGUCCGUCGGGCAAGAUAGAUGACGACGACGAUCCGGAAUACCACCUGGACGAGAAGACGAAGCCGGAAGGAGAACCUAAAUUCAAGGCAGUAACGUACCGUCCGGUGCCUUGCAAGAAGGACCAGUUCCGAUGCGUGGACAACAGCGAGUGCAUUCCCCUUUCCUGGAAGUGUGACGGGAACGAAGACUGUUCUGACGGUUCGGACGAAAAGAAAUGCAGAAAGGUCUGCGAGCCAGCCGAAUUUUACACCACCUGCGGCGACGGCGUGACCUGCAUUCCUAAAAAUGCCAUCUGCGAUGGAGUAGUCGACUGCAAGGAUGGGCACGACGAAGCCAACUGCUCUAAAGCAGUCACAUCGCCUUCGUUGAACGCGCUCAAAGGAAGCACUGCGCCAGAAGAAGAACGGCUGAAGUUUCCCGACUGUCCGGCAGACUACUUCAAGUGCAAGACUGGAGGGAAUUGCAUCAUGAAUAUUCUCGUCUGCGACGACGAAGAGGAUUGCAAAGACGGCUCUGACGAGCAGAACUGCGCGAAACAAUGUCCCAGCUCCCACUUCCAGUGCGAGACGGACAAGACGUGCAUCAAACGGAUAUUCCGCUGCGAUGGAGACGUCGAUUGUGAAGAUGCCUCGGAUGAGAGGAACUGCGAUUAGUUUCCCCGGGUUUUAUCUAUACUGGGAAUGCGUGAACAGUUCACCAUUGUCAAUAGCGAAAUGAGUGACUAUCGAAAAUUGAUUGAAUCGAAUAAUGAGUCGCUAGCUAAUUUUCUUGUAAUAAAAGGUACGCAGUGCAAUAACAGCAAAACAGAAUCUUAAACCUGUUUAAAUGUUUAAACCUGGUCGCAUGAACGACGUGAUGUAUCGUAAAGCCUUCCCGAUCACGUCGCCCACGCGAUGGAGACUAUAUGCAGCAGCGGCCGGAGGGGCUCGCCUGGGGUUCUGCUGGUAGGAGACACAAAGCCUUCCCGCCUCCCGCACGGGGAGCAUUGACGGCGUCGUGCUGGAAGGGGUGUCGCAGCGGUGCUCACGUUUUUCAACCGGCGAAUUUAUGAAGGAAAUAAAAUGUCAUUGCUGCCUA